AUGAUGACCCUUCCUAAUGAUGAACACACUAUUUCGGCUGAUGAUGCUGCCUCUGUGGCCGUUGCUGCUGGAAUGGGUGUUAAGGAGGAAGAUGAAUCUAUUCCUCAAUAUUCCACUCUGCUGAAUUUAUUCAAAGCUGAAGACCCAUUGUUGGCUGCUGCUUCACAAAGUGGUGCUGGGGCUGUAGCACCUCCUGGUCAAGGACCCUCCGGACAUUCCGCCCAAGGUAACCCAAUAACUGUCAAUACUGCCAACGGUGGAACUGCUGCUGAUGUCUACCAACAACAAUUACAACAACUGGUGUUGGGAAACUCUGUUGCCGGUAAUCCAGGUGGGCAAAAUAAAGGGUCUGGUCAUAAUAAUGGUACUAAUGGUACUCGUUCUGCUCAACCACAAGGACAAUUACAUCAUAUUCAAGCCCACCAAUUACAAUAUCAGUCACACCAACCUCACCAUGUUCAUUUAGCCCAGGCAGCUCAACAAUCACAGCAACUGGCAGUUGACCAUCACUUGUUACAACAACAACAUCAAUUACUGUCAGCAGCUUUACAGUACCAAUCUCACAUGCCUCUACAUCACCAGCAACAACAGGCUCAACAACAAUCAGCCCAAGUUGCCCAAGCAGCUGUGGUUGCCCUGCACCAUCAACAACAACAAGCACAACAAGCACAACAAGCACAACAACAAGUACACCAACAACAACAGCAACAACAAGCUCAGCAAGCUCAACAACAUCUUCCACACUUUCCAAUGCACCAUCAAAACAAUCCAGACCAUUUGUUACAUCAACAACAGGCCCAACAACUGUUACAUCAUCACCAACAAAUGCACCAACAACUUCCUCCACAACACUUGCACCAUCAAUUGGCUCAACAUCAACAACACCAACAAGCUCAAGCAGCAGCAGCAGCAGCCGCCGCCGCCGCCACAGCUGCACAUCCUACAGUUAUGGAAUUAAUGGCUCAUGAUCAUCUGGAUUUAUUGGAGCCAGCUUCUAAUCGAAAAGUAGCUCCCCGUUCUGCAGAUUUGUUUCGUGUUGGACCUCAUUUCCUGGAGACCAGACAUCAUCAGGAUAUUUAUUGUAAAGCUAAUGAUAUGGAUGUUACCCCAAUUUUACAAGCCCGUAUUGAUAGAGGAUUUGAAAUGGGUGAGAAUGGAACAUGGAUUGGAUAUAAACGGAAUUACUUCACUCUUGUGGCAUCAUUCCAUUUGGAAAACUUUGAUUUUGAUCGAUUUAUUAUGAACAAGUAUUAUACUUAUGAAAAACACGGCAAACAUACGCAACACCAUCAUAUACAUGGAUUACAUCCUCAUCAUAUGCACAAUGGUGGUAAUGGAGGCCCUGGAGAAUCAAAAGUUGAGAUUAGUUAUUUUGCGAUUCGGCUAGUUGCCAAAUGUUCUGAUGAUGAUGUUGCUAUAAGUUUAGUUCAACGUACACCCAAGAGAGAUAAAGAACCUCAAUUCCCACCUCCUAUUUAUCCUGCUGUCCCAGCUGAAUUGCCCGAUCAUGAAACGGUUAAGGCCAGUUGUAACAAACGGAAUGGAUCCAAGAUUGAAAAUAUGAACAAGGUGUUUUAUUUUGAUCGAGGAGAUUAUUAUGGUAAGAAUGGAUUAGACCAAUUAAAGGAUAUGACUAUUUUAAAGAAUUAUCCGUCUGAUUCAAUUGCCCGGGUGGCUAGAUUUGAACGGAUUCAAUUCACCAGUUCUAUUCGAAUCAAAGCUACAUCUGUUAAUUCCAGAUAUUUUACGUUACAUGUUGAAUUAUUGGGUAUUUUAGAGGACGAAGAUCUGCAAAUCCAACCAAUUCUUUUAAGUAGCAUUGAAACUCCACCUUUAAUUAUUAGAGGUCGUUCACCUUCAAACUACCAUAAAGAUAGAACCAGUGGGUAUAGAGGACAUAUGCAGAAUUGA